AUGUCUUCUUCCCCGAUCACUGCCAACCGGCCCAGGACGCUCAUCCUGCCCGAUCUCGUCUCCUACUGCUCCUUCGAUCUCGCCAUCAACGAAGGUUGCGAGGUCUGUUCUGCGGAUUCGAUAGAAUGGAUCGCGUCAUUCGGAGAUCUCUCGGAAAAACAAAGGGCGUCGAUGGCGAGCAUUAAACUUGGAACUCUCGCGGCAAUGAGUUGGCCCAGCUGCGAUAUCCAUGGACUGAGAAUCGGGGCCGACUUUAUGAACUACGUAUUUUGGCUGGAUGACUAUACCGAUGGACUUCAGCACACCGAAGCUUUACGGGUCAGAGAGGUCGUUGUCGAUAUACUUCGUCAACCAGAGGCGCAUUGUGAGCAGGGCAGGUCCGGAUCGGCAUUGGAAAAGCUUACCUACGACAUCUGGAUGCGCAUGCUUCCUCAGUGUGGGGAAGGAACGAAGACACGUUUUAUUGAGGCAAAUCAUCUCUUCCUGCAAGCAGUGUAUGGACAAUCAGUCCUAUGUAUCGGUGGUGAACUUUCUCUCCUAGAUGGAUAUAUCAUGCUUCGUCGAGAUGACGGUGGCGCGAAACCGAUGUUUGUCCUUAUCGAGUAUGCCUUAGGGUGGGAACUGCCAAGUGAACUCGUCGAUGAUCCGGUGAUCAAGAGGUUGGAGGAUGAGGCUAACGACAUGAUAGUCUGGAGUAAUGACAUUUUCUCUUUCAAGAAGGAGCAAGCUCGGGGAGAUCGAAACAAUUUGAUUACUAUCGUCAUGGAAGAAAAGGGUUUAUCCAUGCAGGAGGCAUUCGAUUUCGUCGGAGACAUGUGGAAAGCUCGAUUCCAUGACUUCAAGGAGGACCGCAAGAAACUGCCGUCCUGGGGAGAAGUUGUGAACAGACAAGUCGAAGGAUACGUCCAGGGCCUAGCCGACUGGGUUGUGGGUAACAUCCACUGGUCGUUUGCCUCUAAGAGAUAUUUCGAGAGUGAGCGAGAUUUUUUGGGAGCGCACGUCGCCAGUAGCUGA